UAUAGCCAUAAUCCAAUGGCAACGGCAGCGAGGGUCACAUUUCUUCUGCUUUCACCUCCAGCUGCACUCCCUUUGGUACGACCUAAACGUACGCGACCAUUUGCCCACAUUUCAACAAAGACCCGGCUCAUUGCCUCUGCUUCUGCUGGUGCUUCAAUGGCUUCCACUGCCAGUAAACCCAAAAUCAUAGAUUCACAUCUGCAUGUGUGGGCAUCCCCUCAAGAGGCUGCGGAUAAAUACCCUUACUUUCCUGGCCAAGAACCCACUUUGCCUGGAGAUGUCGAUUUCUUGCUUCAGUGUAUGGAAGAAGCAGGUGUUGACGGUGCACUGAUUGUGCAGCCCAUUAAUCACAAAUUUGAUCAUUCUUUGGUGACAAGUGUGUUGAAGAAGUACCCUUCUAAAUUUGUCGGUUGUUGUCUAGCAAAUCCAGCUGAAGAUGGAAGUGGGAUUAAGCAGCUUGAAAAUCUCAUUUUGAAGGAUAACUAUCGUGCUGUUCGCUUCAAUCCAUAUUUGUGGCCUUCUGGUCAACAGAUGACCAAUGAAGUAGGAAAGGCAAUGUUCUCUAAGGCAGGAGAACUUGGAGUACCAGUUGGUUUCAUGUGUAUGAAGGGCCUCGGUUUGCAUAUAUCAGAAAUUGAGGAGCUGUGCACAGAGUUUCCAUCAACAGCUGUAUUGCUUGAUCAUUUGGCUUUCUGCAAACCACCAAUAAACGAUGAGGAAAAGCUUGCUUUCUCUGCACUUUUACAGCUAUCCAGAUUCCCACAGGUCUAUGUAAAAUUCAGCGCGCUGUUCCGGGUGUCGAGAAUGCCAUUUCCAUACGAGGAUUUAUCUCACUCGCUGUCCCAAGUCGUGUCGAGCUUUGGUGCUAACCGCGUCAUGUGGGGCAGUGAUUUUCCAUUUGUUGUUCCCGAGUGUGGCUAUAAAGGGGCCAAAGAAGCCGUUUCUCUCAUUGUCAAUCGAGUGCCGCUAUCAUCUUCGGAGUUGGAGUGGAUCAUGGGAAGAACGGCGUUGCAACUCUUCCGAAAUCAAUGGCUUUCCUAAGUUCAAAAUGUAAGCAAAUAUGUGGCCGUGAAAGGCCGAUAAGUGUGACAGGCCGAUGAGUGUGACGGUAAUCAUACUGAUAUUAUCCCAACUUCGACUACGUUUUAAUUUCCAUUUAUACAGAUGUAUCAUUGGAUCGCCA